GCAAUUUCAACGCCUGCGUUUACAUAGAUUGCAUUCUAUGAAUCCAGAGUUUUUAUAGACGUUUUUUAUCUUUUUUUCUGAUCAAUUUUAAAUGCCAAAGUUCUCUUGUUUCCAUUACGUAGCUCUGUAGCUAAUUCUCUUAUUGUUAUGUUUUGUUCCCUCGUUUUUGCCAAAAUUUACCUAAAUUAAGAAUAAUUUACUUAACAUGCCUCCUAUUCUGCUUCUUUUGUUAGCUUAAGUGCUUUUGUUGUCUGUUAUAAUGAUUUCUAAUAAGUUUUUUAGAGAAUUUCGUAGACUCAUUCUCAAUUAGUGUUUGUGCUGGACAAUUUGGUGUACCAACAGUUGAAUUUUAUUGUAUCUACUUUUUUCCGCUUCAAAUUUUCCUUGUUUCACUGUUUCAACCGUCUUGCUUUUCUUUUUCCUCUUGAUUUUCCCAGAAUUUAGGAUUUUGGUGGGUCUAGCCAUGGAAAGUCGGAAAGUUAUUCGUUUCCUGGGCUUCAUUUCAAUAUCUAUUAUCCUUAUCUCUGACACCUGUGUGGCUAGUGUUCGAACUAUUGGCAAAAUCACUCCAGUGCUUCAAGGGUCUCAAAUGAAUUGGAUCGACAAUGAUGGGUUGUUUCUUUUAUCAAAUAGUUCAGAUUUCGCUUUUGGCUUCCAAACUACCCAAGAUGUCACAUUGUUUCUGCUAGUUAUCGUGCACCUGGCGACUAGAACACCAAUCUGGUCUGCUAAUCGAGGGUCACCGGUUACAAACUCUGACAAAUUUGUGUUCAAUCAAGAUGGUAAAGUGUUUUUACAAAAAGGGGAUAAUGUUGUUUGGACAGUGAAUACCAAUGGUAAAUCUGUUUCUGCAAUUGAAUUGCAGGACUCUGGAAAUCUGGUUAUGCUUGGGGAUGACAAUAGUGUACUUUGGGAGAGUUUUAGUCAUCCCACAGAUACACUUAUAUCGAACCAGGACUUUGUGGAAGGCAUGAAGCUUGUAAGUAAUCCUAGUAGCAAUAACCUCAGCUACUUUCUUGAAAUCAAGUCCGGAGAUAUGGUUCUCUCUGCCGGUUACCCAACUCCUCAGCCCUACUGGUCUAUGUCGAAGGAUGAGCGAAAAACCAUUAACAAAAGUGGUGGGAAGGUCAGCUUAUCAACUCUUAUAGCAAAUUCAUGGAGGUUCUAUGAUCAAAACAAAGUCUUAUUGUGGCAAUUUGUAUUCUCAGCUAAUACUGAUGCAAAUGCCACUUGGAUUGCAGUUAUAGGAAAUGAUGGCUUUAUUUCCUUCUCCAAUCUCCAGAAUGAUACAAGUGCUGCUUCAGAUACAAAAAUCCCAAAUAAUCCGUGCAGCACACCAGAAUCUUGUGAUGCAUAUUAUGUUUGUUCUGGUAAUAACAGGUGCCAGUGCUCUGAAGCUCUUAAUGCUAGAAAUUGCCGAACUGGCAUUGUCUCUCCCUGUGAUCGUUCAAAGGGUUCUACUGAGCUUGUGGAUGCUGGAGAUGACCUGAAUUAUUUUGCACUUCCAUAUGUUCCAUCCUCUUCAAAAUCUGAUUUGAGUGGUUGCAAAGCCUCUUGCCUUGGUAAUUGUUCUUGCCUUGCUUUGUUCUUCCAAAACAGUACUGGGAACUGUUUUUUGUUUGACAGCAUAGGUACCUUCCAAAGCUCCGAUCAGGGCUCAAGUUAUGUUGCAUACAUUAAGGUAUUGAAUGAUGGAGGAGUUGACACUAAUGGUGGAGGGGAUUCAAGUAGCCAGAAACACUUUCCAUAUGUUGUGAUCAUAGUCAUUUCAACAGUAAUUGUCAUCUCUUGUCUACUCUAUCUGGCAUUUCGGUAUUACAGGAAUAAAAAGAAAAGGGUGCCAGAAUCUCCUCAAGAGACAUCAGAAGAAGAUAAUUUUUUAGAGAACUUAUCUGGGAUGCCAGUUCGUUUCAGUUACAGCGAUCUUCAAAAUGCAACUAACAACUUCUCUGUGAAACUCGGGCAAGGAGGGUUUGGCUCAGUUUACCAAGGGGUUCUUCCAGAUGGAACUCGGUUGGCUGUGAAGAAGUUGGAAGGCAUUGGUCAGGGCAAGAAAGAAUUUAGAGCCGAAGUAAGCAUCAUUGGAAGUAUCCAUCAUCUGCAUUUGGUCAGGCUCAAAGGCUUUUGUGCUGAAGGAGCCCAUCGGCUUCUUGCUUAUGAGUACAUGGCAAAUAAUUCUUUGGAUAAGUGGAUCUUCAGGAGAAACAGAAACGACAAUCUGCUAGAUUGGGAAACUAGAUUCAACAUAGCUUUAGGUACGGCAAAAGGGCUUGCUUAUCUUCAUGAAGACUGUGAUGUAAAAAUUGUUCACUGUGACAUAAAGCCUGAAAAUGUGCUUCUUGAUGAUAAUUACCUUGCCAAAGUCUCUGAUUUUGGCUUGGCUAAACUAAUGACUCGUGAGCAAAGCCAUGUUUUCACAACUUUAAGGGGCACAAGGGGGUACCUUGCACCAGAGUGGAUCACAAACUACGCAAUUUCAGAAAAGAGUGACGUUUAUAGCUAUGGGAUGGUGCUACUGGAGAUCAUUGGGGGAAGAAAAAACUAUGACCCAUCAGAAACUUCAGAGAAAUCACAUUUCCCAUCUUAUGCAUUCAAGAUGAUGGAAGAAAGGAAAUUGAGAGAAAUACUUGAUUCGAGAUUAAGGAUAGACGAUCAGGACGAGAGGGUUUAUACAGCCAUUAAAGUAGCACUAUGGUGCAUACAGGAAGAUAUGCAUCUAAGGCCAUCAAUGACAAAAGUUGUGCAAAUGCUUGAAGGUCUCUGCCAAGUUUCUCAGCCACCAACUUCUUCUCCACGUCUUUAUUCAACUUUCUUUAAGUCAGUAAGUGACGAGGGCACUGGCACUGGCACUUCCUCAGGACCAUCAGACUGCAAUAGCGAUGCUUAUCUUUCAGCCGUGCGCCUUUCUGGCCCAAGAUAACACUUACUGAAGAUAGUCCAAUUCCAUGUAUACGUCUCAUAUCUU